UGUUUUGGGUUUUGUCCCCUUGUUUGACACCAGUUUUACAGAUCAACAUUUAUGUGUGGAUGAAAUCUUAUUUGAAAUAAAUCCGUUAACUGGAGGUCUCUGCUGUCUCUUCCUCCCACAGGCUCGUGCGCAUCCUCCAAUCCUCCACUGUUUGUCUUUUUUACUGAAUCCCUUCAUCCAGACGUUUUCCUUCCCGCCCCGUUAAACCUGAUCCGUUCCAGCCGGUCCGGCUCCUCCGCACUCCUCCUCAUCAGACUUUCCACAUUAAAGCGGCGCAGCUGCGCGCUCCGUGCGUCACUCGGCUCCUGCGCGCGCUGGAAGAGGGGUGAAGAUGUCCGGCGUGGCGCUGCUGUCGGGGCUGUGGGGUCUGGGCCUGCUGUGGGCGGCCGGCGGCUCGCUGAUCCUGCGGGACUCCUUGGAGCGAGGCCCGGUCAGCCUGAACGAAAUGUUCCGGGAGCUGGGGGAGCUGAUGGAGGACACCCAGAACCUCCUGGACGAGGCGGUGGAUCAGAUAAUCACAGAGGAGGAGAAGUUCUCUGCAGGCUCCAGAGAUCUGCGCCACAACAGAACCCUGAAGAUCAUGACUCGAGUUCUGGACCGAUCUGAGCAGGUAACUGACAACAGAACAGGAGAAGCUCAUCUGACCCACGUGCACGAGGAGAUCUCUGGAGAAUGGAACAGCGUCAACCACGAGUGCAUGGUGGAUGAAGACUGUGGAGACCUGAAGUACUGCCUGUAUGAGAUUGAGAGCUCCCGCUGCCUCCCCUGCAUCGCGUCCGAUAUGCCCUGCAGGAAGGAUGAGGAGUGCUGCUCGGCUCAGAUGUGCGUGUGGGGUCAGUGCACGGCCAACGCCAGCAGAGGAGCCGAGGGAACCAUCUGUCAGGGUCAGAGCGACUGCCGGCCGGGGCUCUGCUGCGCCUUUCAGCGAGAGCUUCUGUUUCCAGUGUGUAACCCCAAACCCCAGAGGGGGGAGUCCUGCCUGAACCACCCCAACCUGCUGAUGGACAUGCUGGCCUGGGAUCAGGAAGGUCCCCGAGAUCACUGCCAGUGUGCUGACCACCUUCAGUGCCGAGCUCACGGUCGGGGAUCUGUGUGCGGAGAGUAGAAGCCAAGCUUCACCUGCAGCUCAUCCACCUCAAGAAGACGUGAUGCACUCGUUCUUUUAUUUAUGCCUCAGAGUGUGCAUUCUAGAACAUAAAAAUGUAAUAAAAUCUUUUGAA